ACAACCAACUAUCAGGAAAUAUCUCUGAAGAAUUUGGCAUCUAUCCAUAUGUGGAAAUUAUGGAUUUAAGGAAUAACAAAUUUUUUGGUCAGCUGUCUUGGAAUUGGAGUGGCUAUCUGAAUUUGACAGCGUUGGGAAUCUCGAAAAAUAAUCUUACUGGCAGAAUACCAACUGGGCUUGGAGAGGUAUCUCGUCUGCAAAGACUUUAUCUCUCUUCAAAUCACUUGCAUGGGAAGAUCCCUAGCAGUUUAGGGAAGCUGACCUUGUUGCUUGAGCUUAAGCUGCACAACAACAAUCUCUCAGGCAAUAUACCAACAGAAAUUGGUCAGAUGUCUAGGCUUUUAAAUCUUAGUUUGUCGGCCAAUAAUCUUAGUGGCUCAAUUCCAGAACAAAAUUGCCAAAACAUGCUGGAAUCAAAAUUGCCACUAGAGCUAGGCGAGAUGAAAAGCAUUGAGACGAUGAAUCUUUCGCAUAAUAGGAUAUCAGGUUCCAUCCCAAAAAGCUUUGAUCAUUGCUUCAGUUUGAUUUCCAUUGAUAUAUUCUACAAUCAGUUGGAAGGUCCUCUCCCCAACAUUAGUGCAUUUCAAAAAGCUCCAUUUGAUUCCUUGAGAAACAAUAAAGGUUUAUGUGGCACUGUUGCUGGAUUGAAACCUUGCUCUCAAUCAACUCAAAAGAACACUAGUAGAAGGAUGACUAAAAGAAUGAUCUUUCUUGUUGUUGCUCCAAUACUAGCAACCAUAUUUCUUUUGCUCGUGGUUGUGGGCAUCUUCAUUCGUGCAAGGCCACAUACGAUAAGCAUGGAGAAUAAGCCUCAGGAAUUUACUAGAAAUAUGUUCUCUGUCUGGAGCUUUGAUGGGAAAAUGGUCUAUGAAAACAUCAUUGAUGCAAUAGAGAAUUUCGACCCCAAGUAUUGCAUUGGAGCAGGAGGAUUUGGAAGUGUAUUUAGAGCAGAGUUACCAAAUGGUCAAGUGGUGGCGGUCAAGAAACUUCAUGGAAUGGAUGAUGGUGCCUUGAGGAGACCAAAAGAUUUCGCCAAUGAGAUCCGUGCACUAACAAAUAUAAGGCAUCGCAACAUCAUGAAGCUGUAUGGAUUCUGUUCACAUGCACAACACACUUUCUUGGUUUAUGAAUUCUUGGAAGGGGGAAGCUUGAUGCACUUGUUGAGCAAUGAUGAAACAGCAGCCAAGUGCGAAUGGAUCAAGAGGGUAAGUAUUGUUAAGGAUGUGGCAAAUGCAUUAUCUUACAUGCACCAGAAUUGUUCGCCUUCCAUAAUUCAUCGAGAUAUAUCUAGCAAAAAUGUUUUGUUAGACUCUGAGUAUCAAGCCCAUAUUUCUGAUUUUGGUACUGCAAGAAUCUUGAGGCCUGAUUCAUCUCAUUGGACUUCAUUUGCUGGAACUUAUGGAUAUGCUGCUCCGGAACUUGCUUUUACCAUGGAAGUAAAUGAAAAAUGUGAUGUUUAUAGUUUUGGAGUAUUAGCUUUAGAAGUGAUCAUGGGUAAGCAUCCAGGUGAUUUCAUAUUGUCGGCAUCAUCAUCCACUUCAACAGCAUAUGAUAUACUGUUGAAAGACAUUGUGGAUCCUCGACUUUCAUCUCCCAGUAAGCAAGAGUCGAAACAAGUGACCUUGGUGGCAAAGCUGGUAUAGAACCCAAUCCUCUGCUGAGGCCAACAAUGAAGCAAGUGUGUGUCCAACUGUUAAAGGAAAUACCAUCUCAAUUCAACGUAUACCCAAUAGUUACAAUUGGACAACUUCUGGACCUUCAAAUGACAAAUGUUUGAACUUCUCUGUUUAAGUAUCUUUCCUUCCUCUAUCCAAAAUUUUCAAAUUUUGUUGUCUGCAACUCUAAAUUUGGGGAAAAUUUUGCUAUGAUCCCUUGUAAGAAAAAAUAGCAAUAUUAGUGUCAAAGCAUGCGGGGUGAAGUUCUAGUUUGAGCAGGGCGGGGAUAUGUUGACUCCAAGCAUUGCAAUUGUACCCCCUGACUUAUGAAAAAUUAUAGAUUAACUUUAAAAAGGUCUAUUUUUUUUUUAUUAUUGUCUCGCUCUUGCCCCCUGAAUUUUCAUAAUAUUCAAUCUAUCUCCACA